GUUAAACUUUUAUUUCUAAAUGUUUAAAACAGACAUAUGCUCAUUUAUUAUCCUAGUGGGGUAAAUCUUAGUAUAUCUCUUAUUUUAGACAGUGGGUGAAAUCCUUCCUGGAGGGCUCUGGUGAUGUCUAGUAAACAUUUGACUGCAUGUACCUUUAACAGAAUCUAACUUCCCCAGUCUGCCUUAAAGAGCCAGGCAUGUGCUACUGAGUGCCUCCCCCUGUUCUCCCCACAACAAACUGCCUCUCACCCUUCUUAAGGUGGACCCUGAUAGAUGCACUGUGAGGAAGGGCUAUCCCUGCUACACCCUGGGAGACAUCGUAAUGGGAGGCUGCCAAGUAAACAGCCGGUGCAGUAAUGAGAGACAGACGUCAGCUUGAAGAGGAUACAAGCAGUCACACUCACGGUGAUGCUCCUAAUGAAACAUCAAAAUCAGACGUUGCACAUGGUGAACUGCACAGAGAUGGAGUGCUGCAUGGUGUCCUGAGGAGAAGUGUUAACAAGAGGAGUCGCAGUUACAUCUGAUGCACCAGGUAUCAGUCUUUGAAUAUUAACGUUGGUGUAAAAGAAUGGGAUGUUCUGUGCUGUUCAUCACUUUAACUGUGUUUCUCUCACCACUUGAAAGCCUUAUUCGAAGUACACAUUCUCUUGGCAACACUGAUCCAGUCUGGAGAGUUCACAGCACAGGUAGAGGCCAAAUUGCCAUGGACAGCUUGGCCCGAGAUUUAAUCUACUAUUCAGAGCCCAGGAGUGAGUCUGUGGAAGGCAGUGGACAAAGUGUUGACAGAACACUACAACAGAAAUUCAUCAAUAGGAGUGCAGUUUUAAAGAAGCCUGAGUGGGCCAACACCAGAAACCAUUCUGGGUCUGGAACAGGAUCAGAUACAACACCAGCUCCCACAAUACCAGAGGCUCAUGACCAAGUAGUUGACAAAACCCAUGCAUCAAUUUUGGAAACAUCGGGGGAAACUCACUCUAGUGAAUACACAGUCUCAGAAGAAACGUUUUUGAAAGGUGGUUUGAUCAAAGCUGAUGGACAGUUACAUGACAGUCAGACGUCCACUGUUAAUAAUGGUUUCCUGAUCGGUGGAGGCAGCCCUAAACUACCCUCCCAAAACAAUGUGUUUACAUCUAACACAAACCAGAACCUGGCAGGAUCUGGAGGAUCCUGUUUGCUUGGCCUUAGCCCUUGUGUUGUUCUCACAAACUUCAAUGGGACCAGUCUUCUGUGGGAUGACAUGAAGCGUACAUUGGCAUUCGCCUGGGAACUACACGUCUUUGGCUCCGCCAGCCUUUUCAUACUGAUGGCACUGCUGGCAGUUUUGGGGCUGGCUGGUGCGUUCACACUUCCUCAUCCCCUCUGUGAGGCCCUGGCCCUGACAAACAGUCUGCUGGUGUUGAGCGGUACUCUACGUGCUGUACUUCUUCUACUUGAUCCUUAUGGUACUUGUCAGAUCCUAUCUCGCGCGUCUCUAGCAGCACUGCAUAAUGUUUCCCUGCAGGUCCUUCUGUGGACGCAGGUCAUUCUCGCUCUCGUCACACUCAGAGGGUUGAAGUUAUUAUUUUUCCCACUAGAGCUAAGGCAUCUGUGGGUGGUUGGAGGCCUGGCUAUUGCACAUUGCACUUCUUUAUUUGUAGCAGAUUUAUUUUCCUCAGUUUUAUCCCCUUCACUCCCGUUGUUACUCCAGACUCUGUCCCUCUGCUGGGGCAUCCCAUUCUGUAUGGGAAUUAUCACCAAAUCUCUCAUUAAUUUGCCACAUUUGCUCAGGUCGUCUUUACCACAGUGGGUUCCUUCACAUAGGAUUGAGAGGCGUGCAAAGCGGGUAACGGCAGCCUGUGCCUUCAUUGGAGUUCUCAGCUGCAGCCUUCAGAUAUAUAGCCUCCUCUGGCUUUAUGGGCUGCUGGGAAACUGGAGACGCUUCGGCUGGGGAUGGUGGCUUAGUCAGUUCUGUGCCAGAAUUCUUGAGGUAUCUUGGGGAUUUUCUCUGCUUGUCUUGGGAUCAUGGAUUUUCUGGACACCCUCUAGAGCCUGUUCCAGAGGUGAUGCAUGUAAAGGAGAGGAUGCAACAGGCUUGUGGGGUCGUAUCUUAUCACGUAUAAGGAAAGAGCAUCUAAGAAAAUCAGAGAAAACCUGGGAAGACCUGAUGCCAAACAACUGGGCAAAAUAUAACCUAUUUAGAACAGGUAUCAACAACAAUGUAAUGCAACCGUACGACAAUCAGCCAUCAAAGCCAGAACACAAGACUGAUUCUGUUAGCAGCAACUAUGACUCUCAAGCUGCAUUGCUGUGGCAAAAAGUUGGUGAACGUGAAUGUGUUCUUUCCCUUAUAGAAUUUGACAUGUGCCCCCCUUCUCCUAUUAAUCUCAGGCGCAGCAUUGACAAUGCUCUCCAUCACGGACAGCUUGUAGCUGGAGGUCUGUUCACACCUCCUCCUCCCUCUUGGACUCACAGUGUUGGCACAGACAAAGAUGGAGGAGUAUUUCCUCCAGCUUAUGUUGGCUAUGGGUGGAUGGAGGAUACAGAAUCUAUUCCUGCAUCUCUAGACAAUUUUCAAACUAAAGAGUUGACACAGUCAUUCAGUGGUACCAAUGAUCAGAGCGAUGCUGCAAAUAAUGCACAUCAGGGAGAAGAAACUAAAUCAGGGCUCACACUGAUGCAUGCGUAUGAUUGGUCUGAAGAUGAUGUUACAGACCUCUAAGCUGUAGACAUUUACUUCUCAUAAUAAAACAUCUAGGCUGCUGUUACUUUGAAUCAGUUUUAUCUCAGGAGGACAGUGAACAGUGGAGGAGUUGAUUCAUGUUUCUACAUUUGAAUAACUUAAGUGUUUACUUUUAUUUAAUUUAAGGGACAGCAAUAAUCCAUGUCACACAAACUUAUCUUUGUUGCUUUAAGCAUGAACGUUAUAAAAGUGCAGAUACACGUACAUAUGUCAUUACAUACUUUAGUUUUCUUAAUGUGAAAGUACUGGACCCCAGCUCUUUUCUUUGUCAAGUGAAUGAAAACAAUAAAUGUGCAAAGGGUUAAUUCCUCCCAAAAAUGUGCUGUGUAUUUCACAGAAUUUUUUUCAAAUAUACAUAUAUUGUCUGUGUAUUUGGGACAAUAAAAGACCAGUUUCUCCAUUAA